AAGUUGGAAAUACCUGACGAUCAGCCAACAUCCAAGCCAUUAUGUGAAAAAGAAACAUUUGAUGAGUUAAGAUCAAAGCCAAAACCCAAUGAGUCUGAGGCAUUUUUGAAGUAUACAACCGAAAAAGCGGAGCACCAACAAUGUAGCAAAGCGGGGAGUGAAGAUGGCGAAGAGAUAUCUACUUACACCGUAGUAAAGGAAUAUGUACCUCCAAGUUUAAACAUGAAAUAAAAGACAAGUUGACUCAAUCACGCUUGCCUAACUCUAGCCAUCUUGAGGGAACCAGUGGACACACUGAAUAAUAGGUGUCCUGUGGAUUAGAGGGGUGGCGCCAGUGAGGCCCGGGAAAUAGAGCCUAUACAUAUUAGUAGACUCUAAAUUCGAAUUAAUAAUUCAUUUCAAGCCCCCAAAUUGUCAUUAUUUCUGAGAGGUUUUGAGCGAUGCCGGACUACGCCCACUUACGCAGUCGUCGUGAGCCACCCCCACCACCCGUUGGGAUAUCGGACCCCAUGUUGGGAAAAUUCUGGCACCAACCCUGGGGGAUUGCAUAUUGUACUCUGUGAAGGUCACAAACGAACUUCCUUGGAAGACUCUUAUACAGAAGAUGCUAAGUAUGGUUUCACUCCGAAGAUCUUAAUAUUCUGAUUAAAUAUAAGGCCUAUACUUGCAAACGGUGAACGAUAUCAUCAUCUACAUGAAUUAAACCAGUGGAACAAGUUUUGAAGCUAUUUUACUGAAGCUUAUUACUGCCGUUUAAAAAAAAAACAAAAACAAAAAAACAAAAAAACUCUUGGUGUUUGAUUAUGUAAAGUUACUUUUUCUACAUUGGAGUAGUGUGUGAUGGGAAGUAUGAUUUUUCUGGGGAUCUUUUUUGGUAACACCUAGAGAUUAAUACAUUUUGGUGUAGCGUUUCCAACUUUUCAGAUGUUACUUAGUUUUUAGACACUUCUCCUUGUCCAUCCAGCUCAGAUUUUAUCUGCGGAAGAAGUUCGCACCGAAGCCUUCAUUUGAAGUUGGUGUUAAAACUGGAAGAAGGAUUAGAUAUUAGCAAGUACUUGGUACUUUCUGCAAGCAAGUUAGUACCUGGUGCUUGUUGUAAGCUAGUACUUGAUAAGUUAGCUUAUUUGCGUUAUGCAAGUCCUAUUUUUAUCUUUAUAUUUAUCAUCAUCAUUAUCAUCAUUGUUAUGUUAUUACUUGCAAGUGUAGCAAGUACAUUGCACUAAAAAAUUCCAACAAGCAGAUUGAUAGGUUUGCAGCAAUCUAAGUGGUACCAGAUACUUGUUGUAGCAGGCUACUUGGUACUUGGUACACGUUAAACUAUGUUUACUUGGUGCUUCAAGCAAGGUUACCGCAUUUUGGUAUUUGUAGCAGAGCAGCGCGGUACCGUAUUUAAUAUUGGCAGCAAGUAAAAGUUGGUGCUUGAAGCAAAAAAUGAAGUAAGCAGAAAGUAGACCUACUUGAUGCAACAGAAGUUGGUACUUACAGCAGUGUGUGCUUGUCCACAUUAAUUAGGUACUUUUCAUUGAUAAUAUUUACAAUUUGUAGACUAUUGAUCAUAUACAAUGAUGACACUGAAAAUAUCUAUAAUUAUCGCAAAAAACACAGUUUUGUAAAUGGUUUUGUAAAACAAAUUUGAAACAGGGCAAAGAGAUAUUAUAGUAUAUAUUAUUUAUUUUCAUUGUUUGACAAUUUAUUCAUUUUUAUUUGGUACGUAGAAACGUCAGUCAUGCUAUGUCGCACUUUUACCAACUUGCCUUCGCCUUUUUUGAAGUGCGCAUGUGUAAUUAUGCUCAAACCUUUCUUACACUGUGCUCAGGACGUGAAACCAUCCAAUUUUGCGUGCAUUGGAAAAGGAAGAAAAGUUAUAUAAGUGAGGUUUAGUUUCUGUCUUUAUGUAGAAUUUUUCUAUAUCUGUGCUGAAAACAGCUCUCACAACUGAUUAGGUAAUUUUGUCAUACUCUUAGCAAGAGAUAAGAUUGAUAAUAUUAUUAUUUGACAUAACUCGAUAGGUUAUUGCUUUUGCGUGCAAAUAUUACUACUAUAAAAAGACGAUUUAAGUGCACAGAUGAUGUUAAGUAUAUUUUGUUUAAAGACACAAAUAAUAAUGUGGUGGGAUUUUUUGUUUAUUUCUGAUCCUCAGUUGACAACUAUUUAAAAAAAAUGUAAAUACUAAGUCGAAUAUAUUCCUUUCAUAACAGUCUAUUAUUUUUACUGUUAAAUCUCUUUUUGAAAGUUCCCUAAAAUAGAAUAAUCUGUAGUACUUGUUAUAAAAUAUUAUAUUGAAAUUGAAGUUUCGAAAUAAAAAAAAUGGUUACCUUUGUUAAAAUAAAAACAAUGUUUAAUUUUAGGAACUGAAAGUGAAAUAUGCAUUUGUAGUGGAGUCGACGUGGUUAAAAUACGACAUAAGCUAUUAAUAACACGUUCUGAUUGGUUAAUUGUUAACUUUGAUUGGAAUUCUAGACAGAGGUUUUUGUACUUUAUUUUACAUUUGAUACUAAAACUUCGCUAGUGUUUAGUUUUUAAACUAAUGCAGAUAAAAGAAGUUUUACAAAGAAGUGAGAACUGCCGUGUGUAUACAAACAUAGGAACAUGUACCCACCAAGCUCAUAUGUUCAUUGACUCUGUUUCAUCACAAGGAUGGUCUCCAAAAUAGCAAAGUUCUUUGUCGGCCUAUAUAUCAUCGGUUUGUUCUUUUCUGUACUUGGUGUUGCGGCUCAGUGUUCCAAGUAAGUCUGUAGCUAGGCAAUGCAAAAGGGGGGGGGGGAGACCAACAGUGAAAUAGGACACACUCCCUUUACAAUAAUUCUGUAAACCGUUUUUUUUUUAAUCUGAAAAAAAAUCUGAACACGCUAAUAGCGCUAUCACAGUGGUGGGAGGAGGGGAGUGGAAGCCUGCCACCGGUCCGGGAAGUCUGUCACCAAAAAAUGUCUGUAUUAUGACGGUAGAUAUACAUAUGACGUAUGAUGGAAUCGCAUCAGUGGCUCAAGAAGUGUGUGCCCUGGCUUUUUAUAUUGUAAUGUAUUGUUUUGUCCUAAAUAAUAAUUAAACGGACAGUUUAAUUGCAUAUGAGGGUAGCAGAUUUUUGAACUUUUAUAAUUCAAUAUGAUGGCUUUUUUCUUUGAAUUGUUGAAGUAAUUGACAUAAGAUAUGACAUGAGAAACAACAAGAAUCCUAAUUGUAUUAUAAUUACGGUAUACAGUACUAUACAAAAGAUAUUGAAAUUGUUCACCUUUAUUAUAGGCCUAGUAAGAACGGAAACAGAUUCUAUUUGGCAACUAUACCAGAAUACACUUUCUAUAUUCUUUUUUAGAUCUUUGAAGUGAUUGGUAAUCAAUUUAAAAGGAUUUUAAUAAGCGAAAUUUUACAUGCGCAAAUCGAAGUAAAUGUUUCCUGAUAUAUGCCCGAGACGGAGAGGGGUUCAUCAAUGAUGCAACAUUAAAACGUAAAUCUAAGAAUACUGGACGACCCCCACCCAUUUCUUCGCAUUGCUAUAUGCUUAGUAGGUUUGCCUCCAAAUCGAAAUCAUGCUUGGAUGUGCAUAGUGAAUGUGAAAGUCUUGGCGGUGAUAUCCCAGUAAUCAUAAACGAGGCACACUAUAAAUGGCUUGUCGACACACUUCUUAACUUGAUGUUUGCUCCAGAUGCACUCACCAUGAAUGUUCACAAAACUAACCAAAUGGAAAAAAUACCAAAUCAAUGUGCUUACAUAAAAGUUGAAGAUGGCAUAUUCUGGAAUGAUGAUGAAAUUACCCCAAAAAUUAAUAAUAUCAGUAGUUCAAUUGAUGGACUUAUGUGCGAGGAAAGUAAGCCUACAGAUAUAUUGAUCGAUCAAGCUUUUACGUAUACGAUGCCAACGCCAUACGGAACUAUCGAAACUACUUCAAAGCAGACAUUUCAAAAAACAUCGAACUCACGUCAUCGUGAUACAUUGAUUGAUCAAGCUUUUACGUAUACGGUGCCAACGCCAUAUGGAACUAUCGAAACUACUCCAACGCAGACAUUUCAAAUAGUAUCGAACCCACAUCAUCCUGUGGAUUCAAACAAAGCCACAAUAUUUCAAUCAGCAUCGAAAACAAAAACGAAACCGGUAAUUAAUUUCUUGGCCACAGCCCUUGCCUCUGUUUGCUGUUUUCUUGUUGUAGCUGCUUUGGCUUUGCAUUGCAGACGAAAGAGACGUAAAAAAUUUAAUAACAGAUUAAAAAUUGCAAAAUCAAGUUCUAAAGGAGAGACUGGUGGUAAUGCAAGAGCCUUCAAGCAGUCUGCUGUUACACAAAUCAACGAUCUAUACGAGUCAACCACUUUUAGCCCAAUCGACAGUAACUCUGAUCACUCUGCUUCACGGGCAACUUUCCGUAGUGGCGCUGUUGGUUUUGAAUUUGACCAAUCGUCUGGAUACGCCAAUUUACGAAAUGAUGGUUGUAUGCCUAGGGCAUGUAGGCCUAGGCCUAUUUCCAAUUCUGAUGACACUGAGUCCUACUACACCAAUAUAAAUGGAGAUUAAACUUCAAAGAAAUGUGAUAUACAACACAGCAAGUUUAUCAUAAUGACUUCAAUCAAAAUAUACAAUCCUGAUCAUAAAACCCAUCGUGUCCCGAACGUGUUGUUGGCGAAAGUGUAUUCGGCCAAUUUUUUGCCGGCGAAUCGUCUGUUGGCGAAUUAGCUUUCUGCAAAACAUCCCGUCACGGAUAAUGUAUUUUAAAAGCAGUAGUUUGAUUUAAUUAUCGUUUAGGCCUGUCGUUGUUUUGUAACUUUUCUAUAUCAAGAAGUUAAAAUGUAUUUUGACAAAAAAAUAAGAU